GUUCGAAUAUGCUAUAGUUUUCUUAGUCACAUUUUAUUAUUACUAUUGUACUCAUAUAAAAUAUUUGAUAUCAUUUAAUAUUUGUUCAAUUUUAAAGAUGGAACAUGGUAGACAUUCUGUAGAUGUGGGUAAUCUCCAACGCAACCGCAAGAGGGAGAUUGCGUCGACUCGUCCUACUUCACACAAAGGCAAAGGUAAAGCGCGGGCCGAGUCUUCUUUUCAAAGUCGAGAUGAUUUUGAAACGGAUUACCAACGGAGAGAUGAUAUGAUGAUGUGCGACGAGCAUCUACAAAACCUGUUGUCCCAAAACGAUCCACGCUUUGCACAAGAACAACCCAUCCCGACAACCAUUGAUGAAGAGGAGCUCGAGGAUGACGAUGCGGAGGAGGACGCGGGGGGCGACGGGACUCACGGCACCCCGGAUGAUGUACAUAUUUUAAAUGCAUCCUAAUUCUCAAUUGUACUUCUUAUUUGAAAUAAAUAUACUUGAAUUAUUUUAUAUUAUUGUGUACAUCAAUUUAAUAAUUCAAUUCAAUGAAAUUCAUUUGUAA